AUGUCGCCCGAUUGUCAAGAAACGUCGGACCCACCAGGUUCAAAGGAGUUGCCUGCUGCAGCUUGCGUGAGGGGGCUGAACAGCGCUGCACGGGCUGGCCUGGGCAACUUUCAGGAGAAAAAGCCAGAAGACGCAGAUGAGCCACGUUUUUUCCAAAAGGUUGGAGGAGGGGCCUACAUCUACCGCCUCGGGGAAAGGCGGUGGUGCAUAGGUCCAGAUCUGUAUGGGGAGGAGGUCAUUUGGGCAGAGACAUCCUUUGCUUGCGACCGCUUGCCAAACAGCCCUUGGGCCAAGGUGGCAGAGACCACAGCUGGCGAUCCAGCUUCGGAAGACCGGAGGUUUCGAUCACCAGAUGUGGCUGCUUCAUUCACCAAGGUGCAGGAGCAACCUUUCAUUCCGCAUGCUUGCCGUGCAGUUGCUGUGCUUCGUAUGAGUGCAGUCCUAGAUUCCCGGGCCUUGCUCGUGCAAUCGCGUCGUCAGCCUUUCAUCAACAAGAUGUUGGCUUCUUUCUUGCAGAAGGAGGUGUGCCGUGUGCGAGUUCAAUCAUGGCUCAACAUGCUUGCGUGCCUGGUGAAUCUUGGUAUCACCUACGGCUCCUUCACUGGGGCCUUUGGCGCCACCAACGAAGAGUUGAGCGAGAAGUAUCAGAGCCUGGUUACACCAGCUGGAUAUGCCUUUGCCAUUUGGGGAGCCAUCUUCACUUGGGAAGGCAUCUUUGCUGUGGCACAGAUGUUUCCCUCUUUCAGCACCAGCCCAGUGGUUGACACCGUCACACCUUGGUGGAUAUUUGCCUGCUGCUGCCAGGUUGCAUGGGCGCUUUUCUUUGCUCAGGACCUGAUUCCCGGAUCCCUGGUGUGCAUGUUGGGAAUCCUUCUCGGUUUGGUCAACUCUGCGCACAGACUUCCUGCCCGAGAUCUUCCUGGAGUACAGCUUGCGGUUUGUCUCGCCGGCAUCGCCGUGAUCGUGGCCUUGUUCACAUUUGCAGCUCCCAGGGCCGACCCUUUGAUUGGUUUAGUGGCCGCUUGGGCCCUACUUGGCAUCUAUGUGGAACUGGAGAACCCUGAGAACUUGCUGAACAUGAACAAGUUCAAUUACAUUGCUUGGCCUCAGUUUGUGAUCGAAUCAGUUCGACGAACCGCCUUGGUGCUGAGUAUUGCUAGUGCAUGUGCUGCCUCGAUUGCCAAUUUUCGCAGUGGAUGGCAAAGGAUGCGUGCGUUUGACAAGUCUUUGACCAGUGACGAUGAGGUGUGCCGUGUGCGAGUUCAAUCAUGGCUCAACAUGCUUGCGUAUCUGGUGAAUCUUGGUAUCACCUACGGCUCCUUGACUGGGGCCUUUGGCGCCACCAACGAAGAGUUGAGCGAGAAGUAUCAGAGCCUGGUUACACCAGCUGGAUAUGCCUUUGCCAUUUGGGGAGCCAUCUUCACUUGGGAAGGCAUCUUUGCUGUGGCACAAAUGUUUCCCUCUCUCAGCACCAGCCCAGUGGUUGACACCGUCACACCUUGGUGGAUAUUUGCCUGCUGCUUCCAGGUGGCAUGGACGCUUUUCUUUGCUCAGGACCUGAUUCCCGGAUCCCUGGUGUGCAUGUUGGGAAUCCUUCUCAGUUUGGUCACUGCCAUUCUGCGCACAGACUUCCUGCCCGAGAUCUCCCUGAAGGAGUACUUCUUGCUGAGGGCACCUUUUUCAUUGCACUGUGGAUGGAUCAUCGCCGCGAGUGUCUUGAAUAUCAACGUCCUUGCAGACUACUACAUGUCAUCGCAAGAGACAUUGCUGAUGUUAGCCAUGGUUUGUCUCGCCGGCAUCGCCGUGAUCGUGGCCUUGUUCACAUUUGCAGCUCCCAGGGCCGACCCUUUGAUUGGUUUAGUGGCCGCUUGGGCCCUACUUGGCAUCUAUGUGGAACUGGAGAACCCUGAGAACUUGCUGAACAUGAACAAGUUCAAUUACAUUGCUUGGCCUCAGUUUGUGAUCGAAUCAGUUCGACGAACCGCCUUGGUGCUGAGUAUUGCUAGUGCAUGUGCUGCCUCGAUUGCCAUUUUUCGCAGUGGAUGGCAAAGGAUGCGUGCGUCUGACAAGUCUUUGACCAGUGACGAUGCCACCGCUGUGAUUUGA